UUACAAACCCCUCUUCCCUUGUUCUAAAAUUCAAAUUUGAGACCUUUAAUCUAGAGACUCAAACUCUUAAUCAUGUCUUGUAAGGGAUACUAUCUUACUCUUAGUUGUAGAAUCAUUCACUAGAUGUACAAAAAGAAAAAAAAAAUGAAGAAGAAAAAAACUGAAAACCGACCCUAUAAUUAUAUCCAGCCAAGAUAGAAUGUGAAUGGGAGAAAAAAUAAAAAAAUAUGUACCAUGUUGAGGAAUUGAUCCAUAUUCAUGUCUUUUUCUUUGAAAACGUAUGGGAAUAAACAACUUUGACGAGACGAUGUCUUUCCUCCUAAACGUACCGACCAUGCAGCUCUUCCAAGGAAAAAACGUGUUCCAUGGAAAAAAUGGUAUUCCAUGGAAAAAGGACAGCAUAUGUUCCCUAAAUACAUUCAAUCUACACCGAAAGUGUCAUAUGACAACGGGGGUUUGAAUUCAGUGGACAGAUUGCUUAAUAUAUCCAAUGAUCAUAUUUUAUAAUGUCCCAUAAAACAUUCUAGGAGCCAAUAUUUUUCAAUCCGUGAUCAUAAUGUUUACCGUGUUGGACAUGCUAUCCAAGAUGCCAGCCGAAUUGGAUUCAAAGUUAGGCCAGUCAAGUCAAGUCAACCAAUGGCUGAAUGUUGAUUUGCUUGAUAAGAUUCCUGGAUGAAAUGAAAACGAGUAAAAGAAAUUUCAGUGACAGCACUAGUUUUCCAAGCAAUCAUCAAGUCGGUAACAGCUGGUGGAAAUGGUGUUAAUUGACGUGGAACAUCUUUUUGUGAUUCACAAUAAGCACAUUUUGAAUGAACAUGUGUGUGUGUGUGUGUGUCCACAGUCAGUGCAGAUGGGUGCACGUGUAAUUGAGAGAGAAGGAGAUCAUACCUUUUCCUCUGGAAUGGGAUGAGCUUGAGAGAGAGGACUAACCUGCCAGCUUUCCAUAUUUGCAAGCAACUGGGUUAUGGUGUUAAGAUGAGGAACACUGCAAAAUUUGUAACUCAAAUAAGCCAAGAGGGUCAGAAAUCUUAUAUUUGACAACUUAAGUAAUUGGGAUCAAUAAAAGGCCUCUUUUCAC